AUAAAUAUAGGGAAGAAAAGGAAAAAACGGGGAAGAGAGAGUACCGGAAAAAAGAACCCCCGAUUCGAUUCGGUGUGAUGUCUUUCUUCCUUCCCCUGUAACGCGUUUUUAUUAGGUACCUCGCCGCCGAGUUUGAAUCGAACCGAUCGGAUCUCGAAGGGAGGGGGGAAGAGGGGGAGAGAGAGAGAGAGAGAGAGAGGGCGGAUCUCGAUUGGAUCGAGGAAGAGGGGAAAGAGCGCCUCAUGCUGCCGACCGUCUCCAAAGGGCGCACGCCCGCCGCCGUGCGCACCUCCCCCAUGUUCCCCCAGUAUCUUCGCCGAAUCGUCAAGUGGCAACAAAUGGAUAUUGAGUAUACAUUCUGGCAAAUGCUUCAUCUUUGCACUUCACCAAAAGUUGUCUAUCAGCACACCAAAUAUCAUAAGCAAACAAAGAACCAGUGGGCACGGGAUGAUCCUGCUUUUGUUGUUAUUCUCUGUCUGUUUUUGGUAGUUGCCACUUCAGCUUAUUGUGCUGCGUAUGGUGAAAGUUUGGCACAUGCUGUUUCUGCAGUUGUUUCAGUUGUUGUUUUUCAUUUCUUGAUAGCUGGAAUAAUUUUGGCCACAUGCUGUUGGUUUCUGACAAAUGCUUAUUUGCGCGAGGAGGCUCCGAACAGCCAUGUGGUCGAGCAACGUGUUGAAUGGCUGUAUGCUUUUGAUGUUCACUGCAACUCUUUCUUUCCCAUGUUCAUUAUGCUUUAUGUAAUUCAGUACUUUGUGUCACCCAUCUUGGUUGCACAUGGUUUCUUUCCUGUUCUGCUAUCAAAUCUGCUUUUCAUGGUGGCUAUUUCUUACUAUCACUAUCUGAAUUUCCUAGGAUAUGAUGUCCUGCCAUUCUUGGACAAAACUACUUUCUUUUUGUAUCCAAUUGGUCUUGUCAUCAUCCUAUCCCCUCUUAUGAUUCUAAGUGGUUUCAACCCUACAAGAUACGUUAUGAACUUAUACUUCAGUUAGCAAUUAUGGUUCAACCCACCGGAGCAGACAAAUCAUUGCGGAGACAAAACUAAUUGCAGAUUGAUAUGCAAACUUUGGGUGGAAAAGAAGCAUUUGCUAGAUACCUUUGUUUAUGUAAAGCAAAUUGGCAGAAUGUCUAUCGACUCUUGCAGCUUUCAUCAUAGGGUGCCAAACAUGCAGCAAUUGCCACACAAGAAGCUUGGAACUUGAGGAAUAGAUGAAAAGGAAUGCUUUCUUUCUUUGGUCAUUUUAUUCAGGCCUGUUGCUAGGCAACCAGGUGAAUGGAAUGCCUAGUUUGCCUAGUUUUUAGGCAUUUCGAGCUAAUGUAAAACUUACAUGUGAUAAUGAUGAGUUUAACCUCCAUUUUCAAGGAAUCUAUAUCAUCACAGCUUCAUGCAUGUGUUUGAGCACCA